UUAACCUUUAACUACGCUUGUGCAGAUGCUUUACCGCCUAAUUGCGGUAAAAACGAAUAUUUCAAUAGCUGUGGUUCAUCGUGUCAACCCACAUGUCAAAAUCCAACACCACAAUUCUGUACCCUGGCAUGUGUUGCUGUAUGCGAAUGCAAGGACGAUUAUAUAAGAAAUGCGGAAAACGAGUGCAUACCUACGCACAGUUGUUAAUCAUUCAGAAAAUAUGAUUUUCCGACGAGUAUAUUUCGCAUCACAUAAAAUUAUAUACAAAUUUAAUAGGCGUUAAAAACUUUCCCACAAAUUAGCUUGUUAUACAGAUCUAUAAUUGUACUCAUUAAUCUAAACAAUUGUAG